AUGAAUAUAAAUCUAGAUUCAGCGAAGGAUACGUUCUGCAAAAACGUUCUAAUAUAUGGGUACUGUAAAUAUGAAAAUAAAGGAUGUGCUUUUAGCCAUACAGUUAAACCCACGUCUAGCGUACCGGGGUCACAAGGAAGUAACGCAACAACAAACAGUUCAGGUAACACUAAUGCAGACAUGAAAAAGAAGUUUAAUUUUAAUACACCAUCGUUUCAACCGUCAACCGUUCCGAAUUUAACGAAUAAGUUUUCAAAUUUGUCGCCUAAUUUGAAGGAAAUACCAGUGUUCGUGCCAUCUGGAGGAAUGAGUAAUGCUGAUUCAGGCGGUAUGAACGAACCAGAAAUGAACGAUUCAGUCACUCCUAAUAAGAAAUUCAAUGCGUCAACACCAUCAUUCAUGCCAUCUAAUCCAUAUAUCUCAAACAAUGACCAAAUUUCGGCACCUUCUCCUGUUAUGGCACAAUCUGUUAGUACCCCUGGGGCCAAAGCUAAUGGAAAUAUACAACAUAAUCCAUAUUUACCAGGGAAUGCUGGUACACCACAACCAACUUCAGCAGUGGCAGCUCCGAACUCAGCAGAUGUAUUUUUUCAACAACCUACUUCGUCGUAUCCGCUACAACAUCAUUUGUAUGCCCCAGCACCACCUCCUAGGUUGACUAUACCGUUACCGCCACAUGAAAUAAACGUGAACCUGAUGUUCAUUCCAAAUGACUUGAGAGAAACGUUAUUAAAGAGAAACGAAGCUACUUUACAGACGUUGCCAAGAUCUAAUUUGCCUGACCAUGUAAAUAUAUACCACUCGUUGGUCCCGAUCGACACUUCAUUUGAAAAUAUAUCGAAAGUGUAUGAACUUCCUAGUUUUGUUUAUAAAGUGUUUUCUAAUGUGGAUGGUAAUCCGUACGCAUUGAGAAAAAUCGAUAUACAAUCGGUUUUACGAAUAACCAAUGAAUUGCCCUUCAAAUAUAUCAAAAAAUGGAAGUCUGUUAAAUGCGCAAAUAUCGUUCAGUUACAGGAAGCAUUCACAAGCAUGGCGUUUGGCGGCUCAUACAGCUCCUUGAUAGUUACCUAUGAUUAUUUUCCUAACUCCAACACAUUGCAAGAGCAACAUAUCAGUAGAAGAUUAGGAGGUAAAUUGGAACCAAUAACAGAAGAACUAUUAUGGAACUAUGUGAUUGAAAUUACCAACGCAUUAAUAAAUAUACACGAAAAUAAUUUGGCAGCAAGAUCGGCAUUGCAUCUAUCUAAGAUUCUUGUCACAAAUAAAAAUAGAGUCAGAUUGGGCGGUGUUGGUAUAAGUGAUAUCUUGAACUAUGAAGACGACGAAGAACAAAUCCAACAAAAGGGUUUAGAUGCCUUUAGACACGAAUUACAACAAGCUGAUAUCAAAAAAUUCGGAAAAUUAAUAUUAGACUUGGCAGCUUUAUGCUUGCCCAAUAAUGCUAGAAAUCAUGAGCCAAAAGACUUGAUAAGUCUUUUAAAGACGUCAACUACCGUCAACUUCAGUGGUGAAUUCAUUAACCUUCUUACGGAAUUGAACAUGAAUACAUCCGAUUUACAAGAAUUCAACAGAAACCAUUUGUCCCGCAGAAUCUUGAACUUUUGCAGUAACGCGCAAGACCUGCAAGAUUUCAUGGAAUCACAGCUCUCAACCGAAUUGGAAAACGCCAGGGUCUUCAGAUUAAUAACAAAGCUAAACUUCAUCAUAGACAGACCCGAAUACGAUAACGAUCCUAAUUGGCAAGAAAACGGCAACAAGUACAUUAUCAAGUUGUUCAGAGAUUACAUAUUCUUCCAAUACGACGAAUUUGGAAAACCCGUAUGUGAUUUAUCCCGGGUUCUAACCAACUUGAAUAAACUAGAUGCUGGUAUCGAUGAGAAGUUCUUGCUUGUCAAUAAAGAUGAAAAGAAUUGUAUUAUUGUUAGCUACAAGGAAAUCAGAGAUAUUAUUGACUCAGCAUUUAGAACUCUCACUAGAGGCUAA